AUGGCAACCAAAGCAAAGAAGAACACCAAAACUAAAACAAAGGAAGAGAAGGGGACUAGCACGAUUGAAUCAGCCAAAAUAAAGAGACAAGUCGAGUAUUAUUUCAGUAACGCAAACUUCUCAAAGGAUAAAUUCCUCUAUGAAAUUGCAACACAGAAUAGUGGUAAAGUUGACAUAAAUGUGCUGUUAACUUUCAACAGAUUGAAGCAAAUGAAUGCAACAGUUGAAGGUGUUAAGGAAGCAGUCAAGAACUCACCGAAUAUCAAAAUAGAAGGAGACAGUCUCAUCAAAACAGACAUUGAGUCAUUGAAGACAUACAAGAAUGAGAGUGUUAAUGACAAGACUGUUGCAAUGCUUGGGUUUGAUACAGAGAUGAAUCUGGAUGAUAUUGACGCAUUUUUAAGAUCAAAAUGUAAUCCAUCCAGGAUUCUGAUGCGUAGGAGAAAGAACAAGGCAUUUUCUGGAACGUGUUUUGUUGAAUUCGAAACAGUCGAAGAAGCCAAGGCGGCACUUGAAUUGGAAUUUGAAGUGGCACAGGAAGAAGGAGAUGAUGAGACCAAGAAGGCCAAAGUGGCACCAAAGCACCUUAAAAUCAUCACGAAGGAUGAGCACCUGAAGAACUGCGAAGAGAACUCGAAGGUACCUGAAAUUGAGAAGAUCAAAAAUGAUUUCAUUCCAAAGAUGUACAAGUUGACUGGUGUGGAAAACAUGGAAGAGGCAAAGAUUGCCGAUAUUAAAAAGAAGAUCAAUAACGCAGCAUUCGUUGAUCUAAAGAAGUCUGUGGUCAGAAUGAAAUUUGUUGAAGACUGGAACGAAAUGGAUUUUGAGGGACUCAAAUUGGUCAAAAUGAGUGAGGAGGAAGCAACCGAAUACGUCAACAACCUGGAUAUUAAGGUGAAGAAGAACAAUAAAAAGAAAUAG